GCCAAUUCCUCGGGUGACUCAUUCACCAUAGCAAGAUGGCGGCGCCCAUGAAAGUGGAAAAGAAUUUGAUUGUGUAGAGGGACCAUACAAAAAUAAAUUGUUACCUUGACUAUGUAAAGUAAAAGAGAUAGGCUAAAUGAUUGGACAUCAAUCCUGGCGUCAGUGGUAAAAAUGUCUGGGGAAAUUUUCCAGCCAAUGGAAAAUUUAGAUAUGAUAGAUUUAUCUAAAUCUAAUCCACUGUUGUGUUACUUAUGUAAUGAACAGUAUGAUGAUCCAUGUAUUCUGUCAUGUUUCCAUAGUUUCUGUACUCACUGUUUACGGGGAAGAGCUGUUGAUAAUAAGAUGAGAUGUCCUUUAUGUGGAGCAACGACUACAUUAAAGGAGGGUUCAACUUUACCACCUGCAGACCUUCUGUUGAAGUUUAUGGUUGAGUCAUCUCUAGAUGAAAGAGCUCAGUGUGCUAACUGUGAUGAUGAAACUGAACAUAUGUAUUUUUGUAAUACAUGUGCUCAGCCAUUAUGUGCUGGUUGUCGAGAUGACACACAUCAAGCUAAAAUGUUUUCAGCACAUGAUAUAGUAAUGCUUUCCAAACGUACCAAAGACAUACAUAAAAAAUGCACUUUACAUGGAGAACCAUAUAUUAUGUUUUCUUCUGAGAAGAAGAUUAUGCUGUGUAUUAAAUGUUUUCGAGAUAUGAGAGUAGAGAGUAGGACUCAUUGUGUUGAUAUGGAAACUGCUUAUAAUCAAAGUUGUAAAAAGUUGGAUCAAAGUGUACAGACUGUGAGAGAUUUACAGAAUUCAGUACGUGAUAGUAUUGGAUCUUUAAAAGCCUUAUUACAAGAAGUAAAGAAGAAUGGGGAGAGAGAAAGGACAGCUAUUUUAGCUAUGUAUGAAUCCAUGCAGGAGAAAAUAGAUACAACCAAAGAUACCCUGUUAGAAGAAGUUGACAGACAAUUUAAAGACAAAGAAGGCCAGUUAAAAGCUCAGUUAAAUACUCUAACAACUCUACUACCCACUUUACAUGUACAUUUUGUUACUUCUGCUGCUUUCUCAAGUUCUGCUAAUAAAUUUGAAUUUCUUGACUUAGCUUAUGUUAUGAUGGGUCGUUUAAAGGCUAUAACUAGACAACCCCAUCCUCUUCAUCCUCUACAAACUAGCAUAAUAAAUACAGAUUUUAAAGGACAAUUUGCCAGGAGUCUUGAAAAUCUGUUAUUUAAUGGUAGAUCAGGUUAUUCCAGUCUUUCUAAUAAUAGUCUUCCUAUACAGAGAAAUGGUUCAGGUAACUCAGUUAAUGGUAAAAAUGGAAGUGGAUCAUCUGAUGGUCGCACUACACCUGUUAUAUAUAAGAUGAAUUCAUCAGGUGGUGGAGGUAGACGAGGUAAUAGUAAUGGAUUAAAGGUCAAGUUUAUUGAUGCUAAAGGACCGUUUGCUGACUACUGUAAGGAAUUUGAAACUGUACAUAAGGAUUUACUUGUAAAAUGCGAGAAGUUAAAGAUAAGAGUACAAGAAUUACAGAGAGAUCUAACAUUACGUAGAUGUUUAGCUAGAAAUGAUGAUGUAUCUAUAAUAAGUAAAGAUAUAGAACUUAUAGAACAACAGUUAGCUAAUCAUUACUUAACUAUAGAACAAAAACAACAAACACUAGAACAGCACUGGGAAGAUAGUCAACAAAGAAUAGCCAAUGAACAAGAACUUUAUAACGCUCAGUUAAAUGACAUUACACGUCUACAGAAUGAGCGUAAACAUCUUGGGGUUAUAAUGAACCAACUAUCUUCUUUUGUGGCCUCAAUUACUGCUGUCACAGAACGUAUUGAUCCAAAACUAGGUCAGUUUGAUCAAGAUAAUCAGCUGCAUGCUCUGCUAGAGGAAAUUAAUGCUGUACAACCUGAUUCUCAACAAAGGGUGGAUGCAAUACAGUCAGCAGAAGUAGUUCGCCAAGUACAGACAGCCAGUCGUACCAAUCCACUGGAUGAUGAGCUCAUCAAAACUAAAGGAUUGUUGAAGGCACCAUCUUUCAGGAAAGAAACGAAGAAAGAUAACCCUGCAAUAGAUGCUCCAAUCUCAGUUUCCGAUGGGAUUUAGACUUUGUCUUGCCAUUUGCCUCAGGAAGAUAUAAUAUAUAUGUAGCUGUAGACUUAUUUAUAGUAGGGCUAAUGGUUAGGGGCUUGUUAUAUAUUAUAUAAUGUUUUGAUAUUAUUGUUUUUACGAAUGUAGGUGAUUGUUUUGUGGCCAAUCCAAAUCUAAUUAUUUCUCGUUCUUUUGAUAUUAUAUUUUGUCAUUAAGUAGUGUUUACUAUGUUUUCCGAUUUUUAAAAUAUUUCCUGAUUAAUAAAUUUACUUAGGAUUCUUUUUCAUGCAUCUAUAAAUGAGCUAUUGGCUCUAUGGUGAUAUUAGAUUAUAGACUUGUCCUUUCAAUUCCUCUCAGAACAGGGAACAGAUGUUUGACAAAACAAACGAGGAAUGUGGUUAAUAUAGAAGUGAUUUGGAUUGGUCAGUAGUUAUGUGAAAUAGUUAUAUGUAAAUUUGAUCAGGUUCUAGACGGAGUGCAAUUAUAUCACGGACUGUGCAUUAUAUCAAACUAAACUCAAGGUCAUUAUGGGCAUCAUUUAAAUACUUCCAUUGUAUAAUAUGUAUAUAGUCUCUCAUAUCAUAAUUCAUAACAUCGAAUAUACAUCAUCGGUUUUGUAACUUAUUGUUCAGAGAAUAAAAAACUUACUUUGUUUUUAUAUUAUUUCAUUAGGUUGAAUUCCACUUUAAUAAUUGAUAUUAGUUAUUUUGUUUAGUUAUAUAAUUUUCUAUAAAUAUUUAUGAAUUUAUAAGGUCAUAGAUAAGGAACAAUUUCUUUAUUUUAUUUAUUAGUACCGUAAUUGUACUUGACUUUUUAAACAAUUAUGGUCAUAUAAUAUCUAUAUUUUAUUACUAUUAUAGUGAUAUUGGAGCUCCUAACAAAAUUUACAAUUCUUUGGCCGGAACUUUGCAUGAGAUAACUUUCAUUUUCAUUAUUAAAGAAGUGAUUUCAGAACCUACAUAAACUUGUGUUUGAGCAAAACCAAACCAAAUGACAUUAACUGAUAUGUCAGUGAACUCAAAUCUCUAUCAAUACUUAAAUCAACUUAUCUUUGUGAUAUAAGAUUAGAAUAGAUAGCAUUCAAAUCAAAAUGAAGUUGAUAAAUGUGAAGUGUAAUAUUUAAAGUAAACUUAUUUAUUGAAGACUUUUAUAAAAUAUCAUUGGUUUCAGGUAUACUAAUAAAUUCUAUAUCUAUACUAUAGUCUAACAUAUAAUCAUAAUACAUAUUUACUUUUUAUGAAGAGUAUAUUUUCAUGGUGGAAAUGCCAUAUUUAUUUUACUAGAUACAUGUAAAGUUAAUGUUAUCAAAAAUAAUAAGAAAACUAGGUGGCCUCUCAUAAGAUGCGUAUUCUUAUAUAAGGUCACAUUUUGUUACCCUGCUACUUCUUGUAUAAAUUGUGUCUUGAUUUAAAAUAUUUAUAUUGACAAUGAGUUAUUUCGAUAUUUAAAGAACUGUAUGUCAAACCUUUUAUGAACCAGUGAUGUCACUUAAAAUCUUGUUACCCCGAACAUGUUUUUUUGAUUUUGCUAAAAUUUUAUGAUCAAGACAAACAGUAUGACCACAUUUUAUGUGUCGUAUGUAUCAUCAGCUCAUCCUCUAAAGAAGAUUGGAAUGCAAUCAAAGAUUAUAAAUGGUUUGUUUAUACUGUUAUCUUUUCUUUCUUGUUAACUUACAUCAAGUUUACAAUUCACAAUAGAAGAAUUUCUGAUCCUCUGCGGGUGUACAGUGUAUACAGUCCAUGUAUAUAUCAUUAAUACUUUGUUUCAUUUUUAAAUUUUGUCUAAUUGUGCAUUCAUGGGAUAUAUCAACUGGAAUUGGUUGAAAUUAUGUCGGUGAUUGAUUUAUUUGUUACUCACAGAAGCCUAGACUUCAUGCUAUUAGAAUUCAUUGCUAUGGAAAAUAUCCUUUUGAGAUGGUCCCUCGGUCCACUUUAUGAAAAAAUGUAAAACCGGUAUUCCGAUGGAUGUACUGCUGAUUUUCUGCAUAUAAUGGUCUGAAUCUGUUGCCGAUUGUUGGGCAUAUAGAAUGUGGUUGUACUGUUAUGUUCUAUCUUGUAUUUGUAUCGGUACAUGUAGUAAAAAUCUCUUAGUUUAGACUAUGAUUUAAUCUGUCUAAUAGAAAGACUGUACACUUUUUUUUUCAAACCCAAACCAGCGUCCUUUCUGUAAAAUUGUCCUCUGUUAUUAUUAAUGUCCUCUUAUUAUAAAUAUGAGUGGGUCAACCAAAUCUGUAUCAACCUGAUCUACAUGUAAAUACAAUAGUUUUUUAAUCUGUACAAUAAUAAAUGUAAAAAAACAUAUUCAUGAUUUCUAAUAGAAAAGAUCUGCUGUUUGUAAAAUACUAAUAAAAAUAGUGAUAUUAUUUUCAUACAACCAUAUUUUACAGCUUAUUUGCUGUGUAAAAUGUACGAUUCCCAUUUAUUCCUGGAAUUAAAUAAUGUAUUCAAAGAACGUA